GUCUUAACGAGACCCUCAUUAUACCCUGCAGGAGGAGCAUAUGCCAGCAUUGCUUUGACUUGAACUUCAGUUUUUUUGUUUUUGCUGUACUUUGGGAGUCUGGAACUCGAGGUGAAGCGAGAGUGGCUGCCUGCAUUUUUGCUACUUGAACUUGAGAGAUACCCGCAUCGCAGCACCGCAGAAUCGCAUCAUCAUCGCAUUCCAGCGAUCCCCUCGUCGCAUUCCGCCCUACCUAACUUUGCGACCUUUGCGCGCACCAUCACGCACAAACACACGCCUCAACACACGCCACCACCACCACCACCGCCGCCACCAUUUCCACCACAAUGCCGCCCAUAGAGAGGGAUGCCCCUCGUGACCAGGACAGGCCCAUGAGACACCAGCAUUCCGGUUCCAUCGAUCACCGCGCGUUGGUCCCCAUGUGGGACAGCUCUGACCCCGAGCGGGCACCUCCUCCGCUCCCGCUCAACCCGCAGUCUCCCAGCGUCUCCCGCGCGGGAACUUCGAGUGCCAUUCAGUCGGCUCAUGCCGCCAUGGCCGAGAAGGCCCGUGAGAGUGCCGCCUUGGUGCCGCAUGUGCCCAAGCGCGUCGACGCUUCGCCAGAACGGUCAGCUCUGCGGCCAUCCUCCCACCGCCGCAUGCAGUCUCUCCAGCCUGCCUCGGUCAAGGACAUGAGCCUUAUGCUGGAGUCAGGUGGCCGGGAGUCGCCCCAGUCCGCACCGAGAUCGCCCGAGAAGAUGGAGCGGCCAAGUACGCCCCAGAGGAAGGACACCCGGGACCCCUUUAUGGAGCCACGGGACGACAGGCAAGACCGGUCGGCCACUAGUACUCCAACCCCAGGGCCUAGCCUGACCCCCAUCAUCCGCCCGAUUGUCCGCCGCCCCAAUCACAGCAUUCUGGGCGAGAACACUCCUCCCCAAUCCGCCACCAUGCUUGCUCUGCAAAACAUGACUACUCAGAGCAAUAUCCAGAGCAUUACCCAGAGCAACACCCAGAGCAACGCCCAGAGCAACAACACCACACCCGCACCAAGGGAGCCCGAGGCCCCCCUGGCCAAUAUCACAAAUAACUCCAAGCCGCUGGGCAAGCCACCGGGGCAGCUUGAUUCACUCUCCAGCCAGAUCCUCAGCCUUACCGAUAUUGCCACCACCCUUCAGAAAGAGAUGUCACUGUUGAGCAGACGCAGCAGGGACAAUGCCACAGACCUGCUCAGCCUCAAGGAAGCCACCAAUGCGCGGGACGAGGAUAUCCGCAAGAGCCUUCGUGAACUAAUCACGGACGCCAAGACGCGGCCCUCUACCACCCGAGACCCCUAUGGAGGGCCUCUGCUUUUGGAAGGGAGACACCCGCCCUCGUCACCGACGCUCUCCAAGUCAGCCCGGCCGUUUUCGCUACCGCGAAUACCGUCUCCCAACAGCUUCGCCGCGUCUUUUGACAGAGAGUCCAUGCUCAGCACUCCUUCCCUCGUCUCCGACGCGCCAGCGCCGUCGUCCGCUACAGUUGCCCUGCUCGAGAAAAUCAUGCGAGAAAUGGGCACCAAAGACGGCCAGGAUACGCUCCUCAACCGCCUCACCGAGCUUGCCGAGAGGCUAUCCGGUAUGGCUACGGCCGGGAAGGUUGAGGAACUUGCUCGGCUUGUCAAGUCCAACCAGCAACAAGCCGUCAUCCCAGCUGCCGGUGGAGGCCGGGGAGGCGGCAGCGAUGGUGGUGGUCGAGACAGGAACUGGAGUUUUGAUGACGACGAUGACAUGUCACGCCGGGGAGCUCUGGACUUCCUCCAUGCCGCUGCUUCUGCUUCGCAAGCUUCACGCAUGCUCCCAGGUCAAGAAGGCCGCAAUGCCCGGAGCGCUGACGUUCUCAAUGACGAUCUCGUGCAAGCCAUCCGCAGCGUUAAGGACAGCGUCGCCCAAGGAGGUGGCCUCACCGCCGAGACCAAGGCGCUCGUGAGGGAGCUCCGCGGCGAAGUGCUGGGUAUGGGGCGCGAGAUUGGCCGCCGACUGGAUGAGGUCGCCGAAAAGAACGUGGGCAGCCCGGAGGCAUUCACCAAGGCCGAGAUGACCAAGGUCGUCGAGGAGGGCUUGUCCGAGAUGAGCCAGCAGAUGAACAGCCUUCUCCGCGAACAUCGCCACCAGUCGGCCGCCACCGUCGGCUCCCGCGAGUCCUCGAUUGACUACAAGGAGAUUUACAAUAGUGUGCGAGCUGCUCUCAAGGACACGCAGGCAUCCAAGCCUCGUACACCCGAGCUCCGGAGGGAAGAUGUCGUUCAAGCGGUCAAGGAUGCCUGGGAGAAGUACAAGCCCGAGAUCGAGAUCCAGCAGAUCGGCCUAGAGCGGGACGAGGUCCUUGCCUGUCUGCAGGAGGGCCUCCGCGCAUAUGCUCCCCGGGACGACCGGCCUCCCGGUGCCACCCGGGACGAAGUGUUCCAGGCCGUUAUGGAGGGCCUCAAGCACUACGUCCCUCCCAAGGUCGAAACCCCGGCGACGCUGUCGAGAGACGAGAUCCUCGAGGCCGUAAGGGAGUGUCUGGAAGAAUUCGAGUUUCCCGUCGCCCCCGGCAUGGGUACCGAUAUUACUCGAGAGGACAUGUUGGAUGCCGUUAAGGAGGGCCUCCACACUUUCGAUUUCCCUACACCCCAGGCGCCGCCGCCUCCCUCCGAUCUUACCAGGGAUGAUGUUCUUGACGCCGUUACCGAGGGCCUACAGUCCUUCGACUUCUCCGUCGUCCAAUCCAAUGCCUUGGUGCCCCAGUCGGCAACCAAGGGAGACGUGUCGGAUGCAGUGAAGUCAGGGCUCAAGUCCCUCGACCUCUCCUCUGAUAUUUUGGAUGCGGUUAAGGAGGGCCUCGACACAUCCGAUCUUCCGGCGAAUGUGCUAAAAUCGGUCAUGCAAGGCCUUCAAUCAUUUGAUUUCUCCGCCACCAUUCCCCGGCCGGACCUCUCGAGGGUCGAUGUAGCGGACGCCGUCAAGGAAGGGAUCGAGGGUCUCGACUUCAACAACACCGUCACGCUUGCCGUCAAGCAGGCGCUGCAGGGCUUUGACUUCUCGUCCGCUCAUUCCUCUGCGUUGGUGCCUCGUGGAGACGUCCCCCCGGCAGACGUCCCCGGUGGGAACGUGACUGAUGCUGUGAAGGAGGGGCUCAAGUCCCUCGACAUCACCAAGGAUGUUACCGACGCGGUCAAAAAGGCGCUGGAGGGCUUUGACUUUUCCACCUUUUCUUCCGCGCUGGUGGCCCGGCCCGAGCUGUCUCGUGCCGAUGUCGUUGGCGCCGUUAAAGAGGGCCUUGACACCGCCGAUCUCUCUCAAGAUGUCGCCGAUGCAGUGAAGCAGAUUCUGGAAGUCUUCGAUUUCCCCACCUCUUCUUCAGCCCCGGACCUGUCUCGUGUCGAUGUGGUUGAUGCCGUCAAGGAGGGCCUCGAGUCGCUGGAACUUUCUGCUGACAUCGGAGGCAUCCUGAAGAAGGAGCUCGACGCCUUCGACUUUUCCUCGGUGCAAUCUACCGCCUUGGUUGCCCAAGGAGGCAACAAUGAAGAGGUCAUGCAACGUCUCCACGAAAUCAAGGAACUCUUGCAAACCGAGAUCAAGGCCGCGUCUCAGGAAGCGAAGGAGAAUAUUGCCGCCAACGCUCUGGGCACGGAGCAGGUCCUCGACGCAACCAAAGAUGGAUUCGAAAAGCUGCGUCAAGACAUUGAAGAAUAUGUUGACCGCGCAAAGGGUGAAUCCGACUCCCAGGAGGUCACGGAUCAGCUUCUCCUUACCCUCGACGGUUUCCGCAAGGAAUUAUCCGAACUUGUCACGCGGUCUUCCGACAGCUCUCGCGCGAUGCUCAAGGAAGAGGUCGAUUCCCUUCGCGACAUCGUCAACUCGUCAAUGGUGCCUGCCCUCCCUCAACAAGGUAACAGCAAGGAAGUCAUCGAGGCUCUCCACGACGGCCUCCACAGCCUUCGGUCAGAGAUCAGCACCCGGCCAAUUGCCGGCCUCACCGAAAUCCUGGAUGCGUUGCAAGAAGGUCUUGGUGAUAUCCGCACGAGUCUCAACAACCUUCGCGACAAGCCAGCAGAUCUGACAGCCAAUGACGAGAUCCUCGAGGCACUCAAAGAGGGUUUGGACAGCGUGCGGACUGACAUCGACACCCUCCGUGAGGAAUCCAAGAACGAUCGGGCUUUGACGACUGUCGACGAUGACUCAAAGGCCGUGGUGCCGACUGAGCAGACGCUGAAGCACGACGACAUCAAGAACCUCGAGAUGUUGAUCACCCAGCUUGGCAUCAAAGUUGAGGCCAUGGAAUCGGCUCCAAAGCCCGUCGUCACUUCUCUUUCGAAGGAGGACCUGGCUGGCAUGGAGAAGACCCUUCAAGAUGUUGCCGAGUCGGUUUCCGGGAUGCCAAACCGGCAGCCAUUCGAGGCUCUAGAGGAGAGUAUUCGCAAGAUUCAAGAGACUGUGAAUGACUUGGCGACCAAGGAAGCAGAAGCCCCCCGACCCGCUCGGUCCAGCACUGAUGCAGCUUCAAGGGAGGACGUCGAGGCGAUUGAGACAAUUCUUCGGAACACGAAAUCCCGCCUGGACGACCUCAUGGACGGGGAGCAGGCUGUCCGCAAGGACCACAUCGACACCUUGGAGACUCUGAUUCUCGAAGCACGCGAGAGCGUCAACGGCCUAUCCACGCAGUUUGAUACCAUCUCGCGCAAGGAACACAUCGAUGCCCUGGAAACUCUCAUUGAUGACACCCGUCAGAGUCUAGGCGGCUUGGCUACGCAGAUGGAUACUCUUUCUCGCAAGGAGGAUGUGGCCAUGGUUGAGUCACUCGUCAACCAGAUCGUCGCUUCCUUUGACGAUAUGAAGGAGCGCCACGAGAAGGCUCUCGAGGACCCCGAAAAGAUCACCAAGACGGAUGUCGAGGCGGUUGAGGCAGUGUGCUUAGAUACCAAGUCGCUCAUCGAACAUAUCCAGAAGGUCGACCUUGUCAACCUCCCAUCAAAGGAGGAUCUUGAGGCUCUCGAGAUUCGCCUGGGUGAUGUCAAGGAGCGACUCGAUACCCACGCAGAUGCCAACACCAAGGGUUUCGAAGACCGCCAAGCCGAGAUUGUUGGCGUAAGCGUCAACGUGACCGAGGUGAAGACUAUCUUGGAAGAGUUUCAGACCCUUAUGAGGUCCAAGCUUGAAGACGGCGCCCGCGGCAUUGACUCCCUUCAUACUAUUCUCGACACCUUGACCGACAGCAUCCGCAAGAACGACAACAUCAGUGAGGAUGUUAAGGAGGUGCUGGAUACCGUGAAGCUCGAGUUCGAGGACUCGAAGACCGGCCUUAUCGGUGUCAAGAUCGAGCUGGACGAGAAGCUGCAGACCAAUGCCGAUACACUGCUUUCCAAGUUCAACGAGCGGAUGACCGAGCUGAUGACCAAGUACGAGGAGCUCCAGCUUAUCCAGGAUGACCGGGCUACAAAAACGGAAGAAAGGGACCUCGAAAUGGAGGCUGCCGUUAGUGGCACAAAGGUCAUUGCCGAGGAGCUCAAGUCGCUAGUUGACACCCUCGGCACUGCCGUCACCGAUUCCAUGGAGAAGAUGGAGGAGGCUUCGAAGACCGUCUUUGAGCGCGUCGAAGACCUUGUCACCAAAUCGGACGAGAACCACACCGAGGGCAAGGCCGAGCAUCAGCUUACCCGGGAGCAAGUCCAGGAAGCCAUUGGCAAGGUGGAGGGGCUUCAGGGUCAAGUGUCCGAGUACCAGCCCAAGAUUCUCGAGAGCGUCCAGGAGGUCAUGCUGGUUCUGGCCCAGCAUUACGACCACCUCAGGACGUCUACCUUGGCAAUCCAGGAACGGGUCGAGCACCCACUGCUCCCGCCGCCACCUGAGAAGUAUGACGACACGGCAGUAAUCGAGAAGCUGGACACACUCGUUGGCCAUACUCAAGUGGCCGACAAGGCGUUCGAGCAACUCGAGACCCUCAACCAGGUCCAUUCCCAGGUCAAGGCAACGGCAGCAGAGCUCGCCGCCUUCCUUGCCGCUCAAACUCAGCGGAUUGCCGAUGAGCACGAGGAUCGCGAGAAGACGCUGCAGGAGGCCACCAUUGCUCUUGAACGGCGCCGCGAGGAGAAGGAACAGGUCGACGCUCUCAUUGCCAGCCUAAGGGAAGAGGAAGCCCGCUUGAAGGAGUCGAUCACCGUCACCCUUCCGGAGGAGCAGAGCAAGGUCAAUGACCAGUUCCUUGCGAAUAUGAUGGCGGAGGAGUCCCGGAUCAAGGAGGCAACUACUGCUCUUAUCGAGGAACAGGCCCACCUGAAGGAGACCUUCCUUACCACCCUCAAGGAGGAGCAGGCCCGUUUGAUGGAGACGAAUGUCGCCCUGAAGGAGGAGCAGGACCAGAUGAAGGAGGCUUUCCUCAACAAUCUGAAGGAGGAGCAGGCGCGCCUGAUGGAGACGAAUCUCGCCUUGAAGGAGGAACAAGAGAAGCUGAAAGAAACGUUCCUCAGCAACCUCCGCGACGAGGAAUCUCGGCUCAAGGAGAUGAACGAUACCCUACGCGAGGAGCAGCAAGGCCUCAAGGACACUUUCAUUGCCAACCUCCGUGAAGAAGAGUCGCUUCUGAAGGAGGUGAAUGCCGGCCUCCGAGAGGAACAGGAACACAUGAAGGAAGCUUUCCUGGCCAACUUUAAGGCGGAGGAAGAGCGGUUGCGCGAGGCUAACGAUGCCUUGAGGAAAGAGCAAGAGCAAAUCAAGGUUACCCUUAAGGAGGAGCAAGAGCGCUUCAAGAUCGACCUGCUUGCCAACCUAAUGGAAGAGGAGGCCCGCCUCAAGGACGCGAAUGCUGCGCUCCGCGAAGAGCAGGAACAACUCCGCGUCGAAUUCCUUGCUACGCUCAAGGAGGACGAAUCGCGGGUGAAGGACAGCCUUGUCUCUCUACGCUCCGAGCAAGAGAACCUCGGUCGCCAAAAGACGCGUCUCACCGCGGACCUCUCCUCCCUUGACACAGCCCUCCGCCUCCGCCGCGAGGAACUCCACGACAUGGAAGCGCGCGCAGAAAGCCUCGAGCGCCGCAUCCUGGAAGGCGUCAUGGACCAUUCCCGGGUCCUGCUCAUGGCCAAGACCAACCGGGCCGCCGCCAAUAGCGGUCGUGACUCGAUGAGCCGCAAGCGCGUGUCUUCCACUCAGAGGCCGGCCGAUCCCGCGCCAGCGGCGUCCGAAGCUAAUACCACCAAACCACGGAGCGCCAUCAACAUGGCCAUGUCGGCGCGCAGCAAGGCCAACGCCCCCAACGGAGCUCCUUCGUCUUCCUCUAACCGCCGGAUCUUAUCGCUCAGCCAAAUUACCAACAAUGUACCUUCUGGUGGCAUGAAGCGUAGCCAGAGUGUUAGGACCGCUGGUGGGGCUGCGGCGGCGAGGGGAUUGCGCAAGAGCAGCUGGACAUCACCUGCUGCUGCCGCUGCCGCUCCCGCGUCGAAGGGGUAUGGUGACCUGGGUGCCGGGGAGGAUAAGGAGAAUGGGGGAAUGGAGGGGAUGGAUUUGAGGGAGGGGGACGAGGACGCGUACAAUGAGAACCAGCGCGAGAGGGAGGUGUCGCAGCCAGAGAUCGUGAUUUCCGAGCCGACCGCCACGGAACCUGAGAUUGUUGAUGUCAACGUGACGCCCUCGACGGAGGAGUAUGACGGGGAACCUCUCGGCGAAGACCUUGCCGACGAGGAGGACCGGUUCAGUGACCUCGGCGACGAUGUGGAUGAUGACAGGGAGGAGGAGGAGGAGGAGGAGGAUGCAAGGAGUCUCAGGCGGUCGAGCCACGGUACGACGGUGAUCACCCCUGCGGACGAGCAGGGGCUCCACGAUGAUUGGUCCGAGAACGAGGCUGGUCAGGGGAAUGGAGAUGACAUUGACGAUGCGGCGAGUGAUUGGACCGAGAGUGUGGUUGGUAGGGAGAGCGAUGUUGGUAUGGAGCGAGAGACAGAAGGAAGCGUGCCUGUUGCGGCGGCGAGUUGAUCGAUGAUUGAUGGACUCGGUAUGGAAUGGGUGUGUGAUAUGGUUGGACGAGACACGGGGAAAUGACUAGGGUUGCUGUGGGCGGGGUAUACUCUCUUUUGUUUCCUUUUUCUUAUGUUGUUGAUGAUCAUGAGGCCUUGUUGUUUGAGUAUAGUUUGCGGCAGGGCGUCGUGGGUUGCUUUGGCAGGCCAUGCUGGUGGCGGUUGGUAAUUUUUGUUUUGUAUGGAUAGCUCAGAUGAUGAACAUGAAGUUGACUUUGGCUACGCCUU